AUGUUCAUGAGUCCUAGCGAGUUAGGCGGGCGUGGGGUAGCACGCGAGCGCGUCGCCGGCGGUGGCGGUGGCGGUGGCGCGCGGCGGCGCGAGCAUGCGAGCGCCGCGCGUCGUGCGCAUGGCGCGGGGGAGCGGCUCGGCACACGCGGACACGAGCGGCCGGCGCGGGGCGCGUCGCGGACUGGCCCGGCCGCCCCGCUACGCCCGCGCCGCCGCGUUUCGCUGCCCUAA